AUGACGGGCUCUGUUUAUGACAAGUUGUCCAAAUACAUCGAUUCCAAUGAAAAAUCCUACAUUAAGAAAUUAGCUGAAGUCGUAGCUAUUGCCAGUGUAUCAGGCGAUGCUUCCUACCGACCACGCGUAUUUGAAAUGGGCGAGUGGCUAUUUACUGAAAUGAAGAGGCUCGGAAUCAACUGUGAGAAGCGUGCUCUCGGCAAGCAAACCCUGGCAGGUGUCGAAAUAGAUUUACCUCCUAUCCUGCUUGGAACUUAUGGAACAGACAAAGCAAAGAAGACCAUAUUAGUAUAUGGCCACUACGAUGUCCAACCUGCUCUCAAAUCUGAUGGUUGGGAUACAGAUCCAUGGACGCUAUUUGAGGAUGAUAAAGGACGUUUGUUUGGUCGUGGAUCUACUGACGAUAAAGGCCCGGUCAUUUCAUGGCUUCACAUCAUUGAGGCACAUCAAAAAUUGGGUAUCGACUUUCCCGUCAAUCUCAAGAUGUGCUUUGAAGGCAUGGAAGAAUCUGGAAGUGAAGGCCUCGACGAGUUAGUCAUCCAAGAAGGAAAGGGCUACUUCGCUGGAGUCGACGCCUGUACGAUAUCGGAUAACUAUUGGUUGUCAACGACGAAGCCUUGUUUGACGUACGGCCUUCGCGGCGUGUCGUAUUUUGAACUGGAGAUCAGUGGGCCGGCGAAAGAUCUUCACAGUGGCGUGUUUGGGGGGACUGUUCACGAGCCCAUGACCGACUUGUUUGCACUCAUGUCCAAGCUCGUGACUCCUGAUGGAACGAUCUUGAUUCCUGGGAUAAUGGAUUCUGUUGCACCAGUGACUCAAUCAGAGAAGGAAUUGUAUAAAGUACUAGAUUUUACAUUGGAUGAUUUGCACGCUGCAGUUGGCGCCAACACUCUGAUUCACGACAACGAAGAGGCUGCUUUGAUGCACCGAUGGCGAUUCCCGUCGCUGUCCCUUCAUGGUGUGGAAGGAGCGUUCUACGCAGCAGGAGCUAAGACUGUAAUUCCGGCUAAGGUUAUUGGAAAAUUCAGCAUUCGAACUGUGCCAAACCAACUUCCUGAAGAAAUCACUGCUCUAGUCAAGAAAUACUUGGAUUUAGAGUUUGCCAAGCUCAAGACAAAGAACACCAUGAAGCUAUCAUGUGGACAUGCUGGAAAGAGUUGGGUUGCUGACAUCAAUCAUUGGAACUAUGAAGCAGCUGCUCGAGCUACUGAAAAAGUCUAUGGUGUUGUUCCGGACUAUACUAGAGAGGGCGGGUCGAUACCUAUUACCUUGACUUUCCAAGAAGUAUUGGGCAAGAAUGUUUUGUUGUUGCCCAUGGGUCGAAGUGAUGAUGGCGCACACUCAAUCAACGAGAAGCUUGAUAAGAGCAAUUAUAUCGAAGGCAUCAAACUCUUGGCAACAUAUUUGCAUGAAGUUGCUGCAAACUGA